AUGAGUUCCCAUGGUCUGUUCCUCACAUGCUUCAACCAAUCCCCGCACGCGACGCGAGGCGAUUCGCCGCCAGGCUCGCCGGCGACUGCCGUCGUCGCCGAGCGGCCGCUGUGCGACGACUCGACCGCGUCGCCCGCGGAUGGGCGACAAGGGGACGGAGCUGUGAGCGCGAUCGCGGCUCGGCAGAUGCACAGCAACCCGGCCGUCGCAGCGGAGCCAGGCUCGACAACUGAUCGCGCUGCUUCUGGUGUUCGUAGCGGCGAUCCUAUUGCUCGUACUCUUAGAAUGGAUGAGCCGUUAUUGGGCUUUAGAGAGUAUGACGUGGAUUGGAUUACUGCAGCCACGUGGCAUUUCUCGAAGCGCUGUAUCGAACAUGCUCGUGCUCUCUCACGCCUCUCCCACCCCUCCCUCCUCCCCCUCGUCGGCUACUCUCCCUCCCCCACGCCCUCACUCCUCUUCCAAUCCGCCCCCGGCCCUGGUGACCCUCACUUACCGCACUCAACCGCUCCCACUCCCCCAUCACCUGCGUCAGCAGCUGUCUCACUUGCUGUUCCAGCUGCAUCAGCUACUGCUACUGACCCGUUUUCAGCACCCACAGAGGCUCUCCCUCUCGCCUGUCCCCUCUCCGUCGCUCUCCCUCACACCAUCGCCCCUGCCACAGACGGCGCUGAUGGCCCCGUGGGUUUCGCCGAGCGAUCCUCGCCGUCAAUUCCGCAGCCCAAGCGGUUUCGCAAUGGCGGGUUUGCCCGGAACCGUCUGCCGACCAUCCCCAGUAUAGGUAGCAUCAGUAGCAGCAUAAGUGGCAGUAAACGUGGCAGCAGAAGUGGCAGUAUAAGUGGCAGCAUAAGUGGCAGUUUAAGUGGCAGUGGCAGGUCGCUGCUAGGAGGGAGUGGGAGGUCGCUUGGUGGGGGGUCGGGCGUAGGGGGGAGUGGGCGAUCGGGGGCAGGAGGCAGUGGGAGGUUGGUUCUAGGGGGUAGCGGGCGAUUGGGUGCGGGAGGGAGUGGGAGGUCGCUUGGUGGUGGCAGUGCUGGGUGCUUCUCUGGUAGAAAAGAGGAUAGUGAUGAUGAUGAUAAUGGUGAUGGUGACGAUGAGAAGGAGGAGGAGGAGGAUGACGAGGAUGAGGAGUCUUCUGAGGGGAGGAGUGGAGGUAGUGAGGGGGAAGGAGGAGGAAAGGCGAAGGGGAGAUCGAGUAGUGAAAGCGGCAGUUCCGGCGCUGGUGCUGCGAUUCUAGAGUGUGACGAAUCACCUGCACAAGAAGACCUGGACACACAAGGGGACUCGGCCACACUAAGGUACUCGGCCACAGUUGAGGAUUCUGGCACGUCUAUCAGACCAGGAGAGUAUGUGGGAAGAGGAGCAAGUCUCAGAUUUUCUCAGGGAGGGGCAGAUCAAGAAGACCCUCCCGCACAAAGGGACUCGGGCACAGUAAGGGACUCGGCCACAGUAAGGGGCUUGGCCACAGUAAGGGGCUCGGCCACAGAAAGGGGCUCGGCCACAGUAAGGGGCUCGGGCACAGUAAGGGGCUCGGGCACAGUAAGGGGCUCGGGCACAGUAAGGGGCUCGGGCACAGUUGAGGAUUUGAGCACGUCUGUCAGACCAGGAGAGUAUGUGGGAAGAGGAGCAAGCCCCAGAUUCUUCCAGGGAGGUGCAGAUUUGGCGCGCUCAGUAGAGUCGGUAGUGCAGGAAGACGCCAGAGCAAGGAGCGGAAGAGAUGAUGGUGCCAGUGGGAGUAGUGGUAGAGGUGAUGUCGGUAGAGGGAGUGGUGGUAGGGGUGAUGCUGCCAGUGGGAGUAGUGGUGCUCGAGGUGAUGUUGCUAGUGGGAGAACCGAGGCUGCUCUAGGCGGGGAUGAAAGCGCUUUUCUUGUUGCUCCGAGGCCUGUUGGUCGAGUCUCUGCUGAUCUACUUGCAGCUGCUGCAGUCCUAGCAGCUACCACCACUCAGGAGAGCAACGACGAGGAGAGGAAUGAUGGAAAGGAUGGUGAGAAGGAUGGUGGCAUUAGUGGGGCAAGUGAUGAUGGUGAUGGUGAUGAUGACAAUGGUGGCAGCAGCAGCAGUGGUGAUAGUGGUGAAGGUGGUGGUGGUGCAGCAGAUUCACACCGCCUCUCCCCUUCCCGCUGCUGGCCCCACAUACCCACUCCCUCCCUCUCUCGCUCCCUCACUCGCUCCUUCACUCGCUCCUCCCGAAGCGCUAGAGCUUCAGAGCAAGCAGCAGCCGCCAGUCCAUCGCUCCCCCACCCUACCACCACACCCCCCACCACUCUUGCCGAAGCUGGCCCGUCAGGCCCGGACCGAACCCCCGUUCCAGGCUCGGCAAGCGUGGAAGAGGCUUGGAAGGGCGUUGAGAGGAGGAUGGAGGGGUGGGAGGCGCGGUUAGACGUGCUAGUGCAGGUGGCCGGGGGGUUGGCAUACCUGCACCGGCAGGGGAUGGUGCAUGGGUCCUUGGGACCUGCUAACGUGCUGCUGUGGGAGAAGCGCGAGGGGUUGAGAGAUGAGUGGGUGGAGAGAGGUGGGUCAGAGAGGUUGAGUGGGGGUGCGCUUGGGGUGGUGGAGCGGGUAACAGCAGCUGGAGCAGCAGCAGCGGCGGGGGCAGCGUCAGCAGAAAUAGGAGCAGCAGGAGCAGCCGGAGGAGGAGGAGGGGGUGGAGGAGGGGAAGGGCGAGGCGUGAGCCUGGCAGCGGAGAGAGGGGCGUUUGUGCAGGGAAUGAGAGAGCGAGGUUCGUCGACAGCGGGACCGACAGAGACAACUGUGGAAGGAGCUGUGGGAGGAGAGGGGAGUGGAGAGGAGAGAGGAACAGCGAGAGGAUCAGAGGGAGGUGCAGAGAGAGGCGCAGAGAUAGUAGAAGAGAGAAGAACAGAACGAGGAGCAGAGAGAAGAGCAGAGAGAGGGACGGAGAGAGGAGCAGGAAGAGAACCAGAGAUAGGAGCAGAGAGAGGAGUAGGGAGAGAAUCAGAGAAAGAAUCAGAGAGAGCAGCGGACUCAGAACGACCCUCUGUGAUGCCUGGAGUGGACAUCAGCGCGCUGGUAGCCUCGGCCCCGCUAGACGCAGACCCUGUGACGCUCUUCACAGCAGCAACAGGCAUCCCCACAGACCGGCCCUGCAUGCUGCCCCUGAAAAGCAGUCCGUUCAGAGUGGCCAGCGGGCUGCUGGCUGUCAUUGCGGACUACGGCCUGCCCACGGAUCUGAGGCUCAGGGCGCUAUUCCCUGCGAGGAAUGCGUGGGCGUAUGCGAGUGCUGCUGGUUCGAUGUACCUGGACCCAUCACUGAGCAGACUUGGCCCCUUCCACCCAUCCAACGACAUUUUUCCCCUGGGAAAGCUCAUACAGCAUCUCCUACUCCCGCUCUCCCAGCCAUCCACGUCACAUCCUCUCCACCCCAGCGCCACGCCUCCUGCCUCCUUCCCCUCGGCCUCCUCUUUCGCACGAUCUGGGCCGUCCACUUCACGCCUCCUGCCGUCCAUCUCGAUCUCCUACCGCGGCAUACCCAGAUUGGCACACCAAACCCCUGCAUCCGGUGAAACUGCCGCCACUAGCCAACCAGCGCUUUCAUUCUUUCGGAGUGAGAGCGACGAUUCGGACGACACCGACCUUCCGACCCCCAGUGCGGAUGGGGAAGCUAACACCACUCCAACAGCAGCAGAUGCAGAACCAGCAGCACCGGAGGAGGAUGAGCACUCUAAAGGCGAGCCUUCGGGGUUUCAACUGGAGUGUGUGAAGAAUCUGGUUGUGUGGUGUACACAUGCGGAUCCGUCGUAUCGCCCGACUGCCAUUGUAGUGGAGCAGGCACUAAGAAGUAUAGCGGCGACGCGGCGUGUGGAAGAGAUUGGUCACAGGCAGGUACUGCUGGCACGGCUGAGCAACCUCACUCCGCUCGUGCAUGUAGGGGCAAGUGAAAUGAGCCAAGGCAGCCAGCAGCACAUGGAGUGGUUGCUCAGUGGCUAA